UUCCGGCGCGGGGGGAUGACGCUCAGGGUCAGAGGGCAAAGCGUUCGCCAUGGCAACGAGGCCCGCCUCUUCCGCUUCGGGUUAGUUGGCGGGGAACGCAGGUGCUUUCCCCGUCUCCGCUGGUCCACAGGGAGCGAAACCUUCCAGGCGGCGAGGGGCCCCUGCGCCGCGACGGCGCUUGGUAGCGGCGGUGGCAGCAGCCCCCGAGCGAGGGUGACUGGCCCUUUAACGGCCUCUGCUGACGUCAUCUCUCCGCGCCAGGGGCCGCCGCAGCGACAGGUGCCGGAAGCAGAGGAGCGUCCUAGGUCCCGUAAGAUGAACGACCGCAGAUCCUCAGGCCUGGAGGGCCGGGUCCGGAAGACUCUGAAGAAGGUCUUUGGUUUUGAUUCUUUCAGGACCUCUCUGCAAGAAAGUGCAGUCUUGACAGUAGCAAAAGGCGAGAAGGAUGUCUUUGUAUGCAUGCCCACAGGGGCAGGGAAAUCCCUGUGCUACCAGCUUCCUGCAGUACUGGCAGUGGGCAUCACCAUUGUCAUUUCACCUCUGAUUGCACUGAUUCAGGAUCAAGUGGAUCAUUUGUUGGCCCGGAAGGUCAGAGCCUACUCCCUGAACUCCAAGCUCCCUGCCCAGGAGAGGAAGAUCAUCCUGGCUGACUUGUCAAGUGAGACACCCCGGGUAAAGCUCCUGUAUCUCACCCCAGAGAUGGCAGCUGCUGCCUCCUUCCAGCCCAUCCUGAACUCCCUUGUGUCCCGAAACCUCUUGUCUUACCUGGUGGUAGAUGAAGCUCACUGCAUCUCCCAGUGGGGGCACGACUUCCGGCCUGACUACCUACGGCUGGGCUCCUUGCGCUCUCACAUACCUAACACGCCCUGCAUUGCUCUGACGGCCACAGCCACCAAACAGGUCCAGGAUGAUAUUGUGGCAUCUCUUAAACUGAAGCAGCCUAUCGCCACCUUUAAGACUCCCUGCUUCAGGUCCAACUUGUUCUACGAUGUGCAGUUCAAAGAACUCUUGACUGAUUCCUAUGGGAAUUUGAAGGAUUUCUGCCUAAAGGCUCUUGAAGUGGAGAACUCCACAGGGGUAUACUCUGGCUGUGGCAUUGUGUACUGCAGGACAAGAGAAACCUGUGACCAGCUGGCUAUUGAGCUGAGCUACAGAGGAGUGAAAGCCAAGGCCUAUCAUGCAGGACUCAAGGCAGCUGACAGGACUUCAGUUCAGAAUGAGUGGAUGGAGGAGAAGGUCCCAGUCAUUGUUGCAACCAUCAGUUUUGGAAUGGGAGUUGACAAAGCUAACGUCAGAUUUGUUGCCCAUUGGAAUAUUGCCAAGUCAAUGGCUGGGUAUUACCAGGAGUCUGGAAGAGCUGGGAGAGAUGGGAAGCCAUCUAGGUGCCGUCUCUAUUACUCUAGGGAUGACCGGGAUCAGGUCAGCUACCUGAUCAAGAAGGAGCUUUUUACCAUCCAGGAGAAAAAAGGCACCUUGAAAGAGUCUGAUAAAGCAGUGAUGACAGCUUUUGAUACCAUGGUGACCUUCUGUGAAGAGCUUGGCUGUCGUCAUGCUGCAAUAGCAAAAUACUUCGGAGAUGCCACCCCCCCUUGUAACAAGAGCUGCGAUUACUGUAAGAACCCAGGAGCAGUGAAAAAGCAGCUGGACUCACUAGAGUGCUGCAGCAACAACUGGAGCAAAACCUGCAUCGGACCUGCGGGUUCAUCUCGGGGCACCUACGACCCGGAGCUGUACGAAGGAGGGAGGAGAGGCUACGGAGGCUUUGUCAGGUAUGACGAAGGCAGUGGUGGGAGUGGGGAUGAAGCUGGCGAGGAGAGUCGGAAACGGGAGUGGAACAACUUCUACAAGAAGCAGAUGAGUCUGCGCAAGGGCAGGGAGCCUGAGAAGGAGGCCUUUGUCGCUCCAGACGAAAGCUGCCCCUUGACGGAUGCCUCCAGCAGAAAGAUCUCCAAACUGACAGUGAAGGCUCGAGAACACUGCUUGAAGAUGUUGGAAGAAGCUCUGAGCAGCAACCAGAAGGCAGCACCAGUAGAAAAUGGGUCAGAUCCUCACACGUGUGCAGUGGAGAUGGAGUAUCAGGUGUUCAGAACCAGUAAAAUGGCCAACUCCUACAAGGCAACUGUGCUCAAGAAGGUAGCAGAAAUCAACAAAGCCUCGAAGGAUGGGGAGUUGUAUUCAGCUGGAACUGGCAACAGCAGCCAUGAAAUUAAGUCAGAAACCUCAGUGGAAGAUGGUUUUCUCCCAGCAUCCCAAGUCUAUUCGUUCAAGCCCAAGCGGGUGGGAGCUGGAUUUCGAAGGGGUUCUGACUUGUUCCAGACAGCUUCAGAACUGCUGAAGACCAAGGAGGAGAGUGAAGUAAACUUGGUGGAGGAGGAAGAGGAUUGUGCAGGCCCACAAGGCAACCACCCAUGUGAUUCAGGACUGGGUAAUGGAGACACUGGCUUCGAAAAUGAAAAAAAGGUGACCAAAGAAGCAUGCACAAGUGCAGGAGGAGCAGUACAAGCCCCUGAAAACAAGGGACAGCAGCCCAAUGACGAUGCCAAAGUCUCCCUGUGGGACAGCCCUACCAAGAAGGCAAAACCCACCAAGAAGCAGCAGCUGCUGGCAGAAGCAGCCAGAAAAGAAUCCCAGGACAUUUCCAAAUUCUUCUCCCUUUCCAAAGCAGUGCCAAAAGUUUCAGGACACAUCUUGGCAGAGAGAGACAGCUCUCCUGUGAAUGAACUACCUCAGUCUUCUCCGGAAGAGAAGCAGGACAAGCUAGAACCUCAAAGCAAAGAGACUCAAGAGGACAACAGGGUGUCAGCAGGGAAUGUGCCUGGGCAGUUCCAGGCAGAGGACCCUGCGUCAAGGAAGACUGACAGGUUUGAGAGCUCAGAGACCGAACAGGGCUCUGGAUCUGCACCCAUGCAAGCAGAGCAAGAUAGUGAUGCUAAACCCAGUGCUGAAGCUGUUACAGAAGCUGAAAUUGCUCCUGCUGGGGAAAGUCAGAUUGGGAAGAGACCAGGACCAGAGGAGGAUAUGGAGAGCCCCGCAGCAAAGAAGCUGCGGACAGCGGGCAAAUCUUCCAUCUUGUCCCAGCCAGAGGGCAAAGGUGUUGGCCCCGUAAAGAAGAAGGUGACUUUUGAUCCAAGUUUGUCAGAGGUUGAUAAAGAAGGAACCACCAAGACCAUCCAGCCAGUUACCAAAGGCGUGUCCCUCAAGGAGACAGCAGACAUAGUCGUCAAGUAUUUGACCCCGUUUUACAAGGGGGGCAAAUUUGCUUCCAAGGAUCUAUUUAAGGGGUUUGCCCGACACCUCUCUCACUUACUAACUGGAGAGAAGAAUCCCAUCCGCAAGACGGUUAAAGAAGAAGCGCAAAGACUCAUCAAGGAGUUUUUCAAAACAAGGGUCAGGUGUGAAAACGAGGCAGACUGGCAGGAGCUGUCCAGCUUGGAGAGAUGAUCCCCCUGCUCUUCUGCUGGCUCCGUUCCUGCCUGUGGUCACUGGACUCCGAGGAGUUUCAUGGAGAUGCAGAGGGGAGCUUUCCAGCCCUGCUGCUUUUUGGUUCUUUGAAUCUCUGCCACCUUGGUGGCCCUGACAUCGUCUCUAGGAAAGCGACCCUUGUGGUUUUGCCUGCAGGCAUUCUCCAGCAAUGAAGGGACAAUGCCAUCUUUGUCAGCCCUUGCUUGGAGGUCUGCCAUCGUUAAUGCUGCUCUCCUCAGGUGCUCUGUGAUGCCCCCCCACCUCUGCUUCCCACUGUGGUUUGAGAAGGGCUUUAGAACUGCAGGCAGUGAUGGAGAUGGAUGUGGCUGGGAUGCUGCUGCUGCUGCUUCCUGGCAGUGUCCCCCACCCACCCCCCAACUUUUAUUUAAAUUUUUACCAAAAGAAGCCUUAUGCUGAGAUCUCAGCUGCAUGUGUUUUGCUCAGGGUUUGUACUGAUGGGAGAUGACAGCCAUGUUCCUGACACUUAUUCUAAG